AUGUCUGCUUUGCACACCUUGGUGGUAUCCAAUGCACCACUAAAGAUGAUCCAGUUGGUUUAUGAAGCGGAUCCAUCUACCAUGAAUGAUGAUGUCUUCCUGGAUGCAUGUCGACAUAGCACAGACUGUGAUGUGAUCGAUUUUCUCAAGGAGCUUGUGGUAGAACCCAGUGUGUAUUCACCAGCAAAAAUCGCCAAAAUCAUGGUCGAUGUUUUGGAGAAUGACCGCAACUUUGAUGGCAGUGGUUUUGUGGCCCUCUUCACAAUAUUUCCAGAAGCUGCAUACUACAAUGAGCUACCAGGUCAAGUUUCGGGCCCCUUUCAUGCCGUGUUCAACAACAAUGAUGACAUAUGGGGGAGUCAUCUCGGUGAUGAUGUCCUGUGUGACAUGAUACGGCACAUUCCAGCUGAUGCCAAGCUCAUCGAAAUUAGAAGCUUGGAUAGAAUUAGGGAAGCUGAAUCGAAAACAGAGUGCAGAUCUCUAUUGGCAGCAAAGUUGAAAGACUUGAAAAAUCUCCAAGAAUUAGAAGUGCCUAUUGAAGUGGGAGACGAUUUGGAUCAAAAUCUGGUCAAAGCAAUUUGCGACUUGAUAUCAUAUGGGCCAUUGGAGACCCUCAGAAUCAACAGCAGUGGAUUUGAGGACAACAUAUAUGAAGAGUCAGGGGGAGACAGUGGAGGGAAAGACCAACAGAGUGGGUUCUUUCUGCCAAUUCUAGAUGUUAUUGCUGCUUCUGGGUUGAAACAUUUUUCGCUGCCCGACUGUUUUCAUCUUGUGGAAGGGUACCGAGAUCAAAUGAUUGAGAUCUUAGAGUGGAAUACAUCUUUGACUGGUGUCACCAUUGGGGAUGUUUUUGAUUUUGACAAGACAAGUUGGAAGCAUAAGAAGGCAUUGAAUGACAAGGCAUUGAUUGACGAUUACACAACAAUGAACGAGUAUGGCAAGGGUGUGAUGCGAGACCCAAAAACGGCACUGCGAGCUAUUGUUGAUCUGUUGGACAAGGUGACAACAUCAUGCUAUAGAGACAUUGUUAUUAGCCAAAGUCGUGGCCGUGGCAAUAGAGUGUUUUGUCGCAUGAAUGACAAAGACCUAUCAACUGCCCGGGCUCUCAAUGGGCUCUUGAGGGAGGCACCUGGCAGAUGGAGUGGUCAAGCUUUGGAUGAAGAAAAGAACAGCGACAAGCCCUCCUCCAAAAGUCCGCCACUUUGUAAACGCAAAGCCUCCGAUGCCCUGCACCAAAGCACUUGCUUGGACUAG